ACUAUAACAACCAGAUAUCAGUAUGGUAACUACACAUGUGAGGCCAGUAAUAUUGCUGGAAAAACAGCAUGGCAAGGUCAAGUUCAAAGCCAAGUCCUUCCAGAAGAGAAUGUCAUCACUAUCACAACAGUGUCUCCGCCAUCUGCGGGCAGCACUGUUAGCACAAGGCAUGAUAAACAGCCUCCUCCUUUGCUGAUGAUAGUUGGAUCAGUUGUUGGAGCAAUACUAGUACUGGCCAUUGUACUGGGAUUGUUCUUAUGUCUGUGGAGAAAAAAAGAGCAAGCAAGAAAGGAUGUUGAAAGCAAAAACAAGCCAGCAAAGGAAGUCAAAGUCCACUACAACAGCGACGAGUGCGAAGCUUUGGUCAGCGGUAACGCCACUAGAGAGCAUGCGCACGAAGCCGCUGAAACACCAACGUUAUUGCCGUCUCACACUUACGAAACUACAAAUGACACGUGGAACACGACUUCAACAAGCGUCAACAGCGAGACGGCGAUUGGAUUGUACAGCGCUAUCGACAAUGGAGUGAAUGAUGACGUCAACCCGUAUGCAUCCGCUGACCAUAAUCCGGAGAUCACCACUUCAAAAGACUCAAUAUAUGCAUCUGCAGACAGUUUGGCCAGCGUACAGUCCACUCCUGGCUCUCACACGUAUGCGCAAGUGGACAAGACGAAGAAAAAGAAAAAGUGUUUUGACACCAACAGCACUUCUGAACAAGGACAGCAGGAAGUGAAUCUACACAGUGUUUUGACACCAACAGGUUGGCGUCCGUCUGAACAAGGACAGCAUGAAGAGAAUCUACACAGUGUUUUGACACCAACAGCAUGGCGUCCGUCUGAACAAAGACAGCAGGAAUUGAAGUUCUAUGGACACAUCUGCAGCAGCGAGGGGAUACUAGCCGACCCUGAAAAGAUAGAAGCUAUCACUGACAUAGGCAAACUAGAAAGUGUUAGUGAAGUCGAGUAUCGCUGCUAG